AUGACUUCACUGUCGUUUUCACUGGCCCCGGAGGCCUUGGUCCGCCUGCACAACGCUUUGAUAUGCCUUUCGAAAUUCAGCCAUUAUGUGUCCAUUGAAGCGGAAUACGAUCUGCUCCGGUUGAGUGCACUCAAUCUGACCAAGACCGCGUAUGCCGGAUUUGCUUUGGACGCGGACGAGUUCUUCCAAACCUACAUAUUUGGAGUCAACCACAGCAAUGCUUCCACAAGGCUCCGUGCGGAUAAAUUUAGCUGCCAAAUUGACGUAAAGACUCUUUUAUCAGUUUUCAAAGGAAGGACUAGUGGACGCGACAAGGACACCGCGGUCGAACGCUGCGAGGUCGAGCUCCACGAAGAUAUCGACGAGACAGAAUGCAGACUUGUCAUCCGAAUGAUCUGUGGACUUGGCGUGAUCAGGUCAUACAAGCUCACCUAUGAGCCAACUACUGUUCAGCACGCUACUUUUGAUCGAUCAAGUACUUCAAAUCAGUGGAGUAUUGAACCAAAGUUUUUGAAAGAGAUAACCGAUCAUUUUAGCCUCUCAGCAGAGCAGCUGGACAUCUUUUCUGCCCAUGACAAGGCCAUCUUUACGAGCUAUACCACAAAGAUUACGGAUGGUAAAGAAAUAUUGAAACAGCCAGUGCACACGUCUGUGGCUAUUGAGAAGAAAGAUUUCGAGCAAUUCCUGGUCGAAGAUAGUCUCCACGUUGUCAUCCAUUUAAAGGAUUUCAAAGCGGUCAUCGCGCAUGCCGAGACGGCAGGUGUGAUGAUCACCGCUCGAUAUACCAACCCAUGUCGGCCCUUGCAAUUCGCAUACGACUUCGCAGGGGUGAAGACCGAGUUCACUUUGAUGACAACAGGCGAGUCAGAUGCCAGCGACCCCAGUUCCUCCCGAGCGGCCGUACCACAGCUGUCCGCUAGACAGACACCCGCUCCUGCCAACGUGAGCCAAACCAAAACCGCCUCAAGCACAAGGCAGAUGCCUCCUCCACGCAGCCGAUCUGUACGCACUCUCACGGGGAACUCUGCUCGUGGUACGGCGGAAGUAAGCACUCAAAGCCAGCGGCCCCCAGCCUCGAUCGACUUCGAUAGUCUGUUUGUGCCGGCGGAUGACGACAGGCAAUGGGAUGUGUCGAACGAAGAUGAAAGGGAUGAAACUGAGGAUAUGCUUGGUUGGGAUGCAACCACUGACCAGGAAACUUUCAGCGCAAGUAUGGGACCGCGGUUACGGGACAUCGAGCCCAGUAUGCCACUCCAGGAGGAACAAGCGGUCGAUCAAGAGGAAGCAACGGGGAUUCCUCCAACGCAGCGCAUGUCACAGGUGAGCCGUCUUCAUCUACACGAUGAUCCAGCUGGUCGCACAACCAGCACCAAUCCCAACCACACGAGCACCGCCUUCAAUCGGCAAAGGAAUCCGACUAACCCUGCCCUGCACAUUUCCCCGAGCAUCAACAUCCGGUCCACAAUUACCAUGCUCUCCCCACCCAAAAGCAACCACAGUCUGGUCGUCAACAAGAGCCAGGACAUGUUCACUCCCAGCAGCUAUUUGACCCAACUUCGGAAGAUCCCCAGGCGGAAGCUGGCCGCGGUCAUUGCGACCCCACGCCACAACGGAGGAGUCCCCCCGAUGUACAUAAACACCAUGCCAACUAGCAGAUAA